GGAAGUUUUACAGAAAGAACGCAGGGAUGAAGCCAUUAUCCUCUCUUUCUGCUCUCCUUGCUCUCCUCUUCAUCCUCGUUUCUCUCCAUCUCUCUCCUUCAUGGGCGGCCUCAAACUCUGUGUACGACACCUUCCUCCAAUGCCUGACCCACCGCAGUCAACCGUCCGAUCAGAUCUCCGACAUCGUCUACUCGCAGGCCAACUCCUCUUUCGCCAGCGUCCUCGUGUCCUACAUCCGUAACCUCCGCUUCAAUUCGUCCUCGACGCCAAAGCCGCUCGUCAUCGUAACGCCCACGCGGGAGUCCCACGUGCAGGCCGCCGUCCUGUGCUCCAAGGACCUCGGCGUGCACCUGAAGAUCCGCAGUGGCGGACACGAUUACGAGGGCAUAUCGUACGUCUCCGACGAUGCGUUCUUCAUACUCGACAUGUUCAACCUCCGGUCAAUCGACGUGGACAUCCAGAAAGAGACCGCGUGGGUCCAGGCUGGCGCGACUCUGGGAGAGUUGUACUACCGGAUUUGGGAGAAGAGCAAGGUCCACGGCUUCCCUGCAGGUGUUUGUCGCACGGUUGGCGUCGGAGGCCACUUGAGCGGCGGCGGGUAUGGCAACAUGCUGCGGAAGUAUGGCCUGUCGGUCGACAACGUCCUUGACGCGAGGAUGGUAGACGUCCAAGGGCGGAUUCUCGAUAGAAAAGCCAUGGGAGAGGAUUUGUUCUGGGCGAUCCUCGGAGGAGGGGGGGCGAGCUUCGGAGUCAUUCUGGCUUAUCAGGUGAAGCUAGUUCCAGUCCCGGAGAAGGUCACAGUCUUUCGGGUGGAAAAGACGCUCGAUCAGAACGCAACAGAUCUCGUGUACAAAUGGCAAUUCGUGGCUCCGAGCACUGACCACGGCCUAUUCAUGAGGCUUUUAUUGCAGCCCGUCACUUCCAAGACCCAAAAGGGACAGAAAACGUUGAGGGCGUCCGUGGUUACAUUGUUCCUAGGAAAUUCAGAUCAGCUCCUGGCAAUUACUGACAAGGAGUUACCCGAAAUGGGGUUAAAGAAGGAGAAGUGCACGGAGUUGAGUUGGAUCGAGUCAGUUCUCUGGUGGGACGGCUUCGACGAAGGCACCAUCCCGGCCCUGGAGACAAUGCUGAGGCGAGACUAUCCCAUCAACUUCCUCAAGAGGAAAUCAGACUACGUCCAAACUCCGAUCUCAAAGGCUAAUCUCGAUCAGCUCUGGAAGAAGAUGAUCGAACUGGGGAAAGUGGGUCUCGUGUUCAAUCCGUACGGGGGACGGAUGAGCGAGAUCCCGGCGUCCGCAACCCCGUUCCCACACCGGGCUGGGAAUCUGUUCAAGAUUCAGUACUCCAUCAAUUGGAGCGAGGAUGACCCGGAACUGGAGAAGAAUUACUUGGCGCAAAUCAGGAGUCUGUACAAUUACACUACUCCAUUUGUGUCGAAGAACCCAAGGAGUGCGUACUUGAACUACAGAGACCUGGACAUUGGGACAAGCACCAAUGGCAAGAACAGCUACGAAGAAGGGCAAGUCUAUGGGGUCAAGUUCUUCAAUGACAAUUUUGACAGGUUGGUCAAAGUGAAAACUGCGGUUGAUCCCAACAACUUCUUCAGGAACGAGCAGAGCAUCCCUCCUCUGCCAAAAUGAAGAGGCAAUCUUUUUCUUUUCUCAUCAAUUGAUUUAGUUACAAAUUCUCAAUGAAUAGUGAUUGCUCCGAUAAGAGAGUGUGUCAUAUAAAUUCCAUUAUCUUUUUUUGUACCGUGAUUAGAGGUGUCAAAACACAUUUUGAACCCAUUUAUAAUGAGAUGGGUCAUAUGUGUGUUAGUUAAGUUUUUAUAAAUAAGUUGUUAAUGGGUUUGGGUUGUAUGUAAGUCUAAUGAUACAUGGAUUGUAAAUGGGUUGUAAAUGGGUUUGUUUUUAAACCCAUUCACAACCCAUUCAAGUUCUAAAUGCUAUUAGUUGAGUCAACCUAUUAACAUAUAUCA